CAGUCAUGUUUCUUUCUAGAAAAGAAAGAGCUUCAAAAAGUCUACGUAGACUGACAAAAGCAAAGAUAUCUACUCCUGUUACUCAACCAAAUAAUACAAAUCUCGAACUACCUAAAAAGAUUAUUAAAGCACUUUAUGAUUAUCAAGCCAAAGCACCUCAUGAACUCUCAUUUAGAAAAGGUGAUUUUUUUCAUGUUACAGCAAGAGAGAAUGAUCCUGAAUGGUUUGAAGCUUGCAAUCCGGCAUCUAAUCUGAAAGGAAUUGUCCCAGUUGCUUAUUUCCAAGUGAUUGACAAGACAGAACGAAGUCUGAGUGUCAAUCGACCCACUUCUUCUUCUACCACCGCUUCUUCUUCUCUAGCGUCUGAACUUGAUUCUGGAUUCUCAGACCUUUCUAUUCAUGGUAAAAAGAAGCAACAACAACAACAACAACAACAACAACAAGUGUAUGGUAUUGUCAUGUAUGAUUUCAAAGCAGAACGACCUGAUGAAUUAGAUGCUCAAGCAGGAGAAGCCAUUGUGGUUAUUGCUCAAUCAACGCAUGAAUGGUUUAUUGCUAAACCUAUUGGUAGACUAGGUGGUCCUGGAUUGAUCCCUGUCUCGUUUGUACAAGUACGUGAUGCUGUUACUGAUGAACCCAUUGAUGAUAAAGAAGAAACUCGUCUACCUGGUGUAGAUGACUGGAAAAAAAUGACGCAAUUGUAUGAGGCAUCCAGCAUUCCUUUGGGUGCAUUUGAAAAGAAAUCCAUGCGGCAUUCAGGCUCUUCUUCUUCAGAGUCCAUGAAUUAUGAUAUUGUUACUUUUGCCUCUAUUGAUUCUUAUAUUUUAGAGGGAGAUCAAUACUGGUUUGUUGUCUAUGCUCGUGUGAAUGACCAUUGUCAUCGUAUUCUCUAUCGACUUUAUGAAGACUUUUACGAUUUCCAAAUGAGCCUUUUACAAGCUUUUCCUGAGGAAGCAGGUAAUUCAGACCGAGAAAGAAUUAUACCAUUUAUGCCAGGACCACUUCCGACAGUCAAUGAGGCCAUUACUAUGGAACGAAAAGAUGAUCUGAAUCGAUACUGUACCGAACUCUUAAAUUUGCCUAGAUAUCUAUCCGAAUCUGAACUUGUACAGCGACAAUUGUUUGGUAUUCAUGAAGGCGAUAUCGAACUUGACUAUGAUCCUCGCGUCCAUCAUGUUGAACCUGAAAAAGAAGACAUUGUACAUAAACAAGAACCCAAACAGCAAAUCAAAAUCAAGAUUGUUCAUAAAGACGACAUGUUUGCCAUGAAGGUUCCUAUUGAUUGUUCUUUGGACCAUUUAAAGCAAAAAAUAUAUGAACGUAUUCAAGAUCAUCAUGUCAAGUUUGAAUACAAAAACGAAGCAAGUGGCAAGAAUGAACCCCUGGAGGAAGAAGUAGACAUGGAAGCUGCUUUUGUUCAAGCCAUUCAAAAAGGCAAAUUAACCUUGAUAACUAUUGACUAGUUACACACUGACCCGAAAUAAAAAUUAACUUAAUUUUUUUGCCAUUCUAA